GUCAAGAAUACAUCAACUGGAACUUCUGUUGAACAAUUUGAAGAGCAACCAGCACGUGGUCGAUCACCUACAAAUCUUCAGAGUCCUCCAGGUACGCGUGGGUCCCGUCGUAUCGGAGGCCCAGUGAUGCUAUACUACAACGACGGAUCGCAGUCACCUACUGAGCGACCUACGAUUGGGAAAUUCAACGUCCCUCCACCUGGCCCGUUGCUUGGUCCUCGUGGCUCUUUGACGCGUAAAAGUCAAGCUCCUAAGGUCACAGUCGCUGACGACGACUUUGUUGAAAAGGUGUUAGAAAGUGCUGCUUCUCGUCGUUCAGUUUUCAACCGGGAUGCGGAACAAAAAGCGAUUAAGGCGAAACAAGAAGCUGAGCAAAAGAAGGCGGCGAGUGUGAAAGACAAAUUAGGAGCCUUAGCCGCUGACCUGUCCGAAGACGAAUUGAACGCGGUUUUGAAGUCUCUAGAACGCAAAAAAGAGCGUAAAAGCGUGCGAGGACGGUCGCCGGGUCCGAAUGGGGAACAAGGAACAUCCGUGGAGGCUUCUAAUGGGAACAAUCCUAAUACUGUGACUUCACCUUCCACUUCUAUGUUCCAGCCUGACAAGAAGAAAACCUCAAUUGCUCUCCAGAAAUCUCCAUCUCCAGGAUCUCCAGGAGGUAGACCAGUAUUAGGCCAAUUUCGUACCUCUCAGCAGACUGCUCAACUUUCACCUGGUGGAUUACUCUCCACCGGUCCUGGCAGGAUCAGCCUGGCAGUCACUGCGCAUCACCCGGUGCCCCAUGGCUGGGAGGAAGCAAGAGCAGCCCAUAGUAAGGCCUUCAAGGACAACAUGAAGCGACUGUCUGGAGGUAAUCCGGAUGACGAAGAAAAAUUCACUACCUCUGAGGAAGAGGAUGGAGGGUUCGAUGCCAACGGAAAGCCUAAGAAGUCCGCUUCGGUUCCUCGCGUUGGCAAAGACGGACAAGCACC